ACGAGUCAGUACCGAUCGAUCGCAGCACUCGAUUUACACAACGUACCAUAGCGAUCUUGAACUUGCGAGCUACCACUGGCCCGGAUUCUUCGCACCCCGGCCGCCUUGAGACGACCCUCAGAUACGUGCGAUCGGAGUAUCGUAGACGAAGAAUCGGGAAAAAAAAAGAAAUUAUCUUCCCACUCUCAAGACCCGUUGCUUAUCUCUCUGGUGUGGAAUCAAAAGCACCACCCCUCUUUCCGUCGUUUUUCGGUCGACCGGUAACGGCUCGGUUCCACUUUCUUGGUUCGUAUGAAUUACACGAGUGACGGAAAAUAAAAACUCGUUAGAAGCUUUGGAACGCUCCUCUUGGAUGUUUUUUUUUUUUUUUUUACCGUCCGAAAACGUUGAAGAAAUUAUCCUCGAAAGAGCAAGUGCAUAGCUAAGAGAUCGGCCAGCGGUAGAGACACGCCACUGUCUCUAUCACGACGGAGUCAAAGCUCACGUAGAUUCUGCGAGUGUAUAUAAGCGAGCGAUCGUAGCUCACGAUUUUUCACUGGUCUCUCGAUCGCGUCGCUCUUAGCGUCAGUGCUUUGGAGGUUUUUGACGACCGGAAAUGUAAGCAAGUUGACAAACAAUAUUUUUCGUUUCAACUCGCCAAGAGAUUUAUAUACAUUGCCUAUCACAAACGUGUAGCUCAGACAGUAUAAAGAGAUUUGGAAGUGGCGGCUCUUGUUUUUUUUUUUUGUGCCCGCACAAGUGAGAAGAUUAAAAAGGAUGAAUUUGAACGAGACUUUGAUGCUGAUGAUGUACACGAUGAACCUGAUGGCGGCGCCGUCGUACAAGUCGUACAGGCAUUCGAGGAGGAACAAUCGAGAUGUGAUACCCGUGUCCACGACGACGACGACGACUCGACCUCCUCUUUCUUCGGACGAGAGCGAAAUUGAGUACGAUGAAGAAUGGUACAUGUGGAGGUGUUAUCAGCCUUUUGGCUGCUUCUACAUCGGAUCACCCUGGUCUGGAGGCAAUAGACCAGUAUCGACUUUUCCGAUCAAACCAGAAAGUAUUAAUCCCCUAUUCCUACUCUACACUCGCAAAAACAUCGGCGAUCCACAUGGACUGCUCAUAGACAGACCAGAAACCAUCAAAAGAUCACCUUUGAGGAAAAACUCGAAUUUGUACUUCAUAAUACAUGGUUACUUGGACAACGGCAAUAAAACGUGGGUUCUGAGGAUGAUGCGAGAGUUGCUGCAGCGAGAAAAUGCCAACGUUGUGGUAGUUAACUGGAUCGGAGGUGCAGGUCCACCUUACACGCAGGCAGUUGGAAACACUCGACUUAUAGGAGCAAUGAUUGGUCGAUUGGCGUCGCAAUUGAUACAAAAGGGCAACAUAUCGCCCAGUCGAUUGCAUUGCAUUGGCCAUAGCUUGGGUGCUCAUACUUGCGGCUAUACCGGAUACAACUUACGUUAUCAGUAUGGGUACAAGUUGGCGCGAAUAACUGGCCUCGACCCAGCCGAGCCGCACUUCAGCAGCACCUCGCCGGUCGUCCGUCUCGAUCCAACCGACGCCGACUUCGUCACUGCCAUACACACGGACUGCAGCCCCUUUAUCAGCGGCGGUCUCGGGAUCAGCCAACCAGUGGCCCACGUCGAUUUCUACCCGAACGGUGGCAGAAACCAACCAGGCUGCAACGAGGGCGUCUUGAACUCCAUCACCCUGGAGAAGGGCAGUUUCUUCCGAGGUAUCAAGCGGUUCCUUGGCUGUAACCACAUCCGCAGUUACGAGUACUUCAUCGAGAGCAUCAACACGGCGUGUCCAUACCUGGCAGUGCCCUGCGCCUCUUGGGAGAGAUUUUUGAACGGCAGCUGCUUCGAUUGCGCAGACCAGCACUGCCACAGGUUCGGGUUCAACGCUCAGCCCGGCAAUUAUCACGCUUCCGUGUACUUGAUGACGGGCAGGGACAAGCCGUUUUGCAGGGCGCACUACCGCGUCACCAUAAACAUCUCCAAGACGAACGAGAGUCUGACCUAUGGUGGUGAGGUGGGAAUGUUCACAGCCAGGGUGAUCGGGCCGAACGGCAAGAGCACCGAGAUUCUGAAACUCAGCGAGAACUCCAACUACUACGAGCCCGGAUCGAGCCACACGGUCGUCAUGGCCGGUGAUGUGGUGGGCAAGGUCGAGGCCGUCGAGAUCACCUGGAUCUAUCUGACGUCUAUGUUCAAUCCACUCACCUGGCGGCUGCUGCACAAGCCCAAGGCCUACGUCGACUCGCUCGUUAUCAAGAGCCUCGAGUUUCAUAACGAAAUAACAGUCUGCCCAAGCGUGAAGACGUUAAUCGCCUACGAACCACAAAUGUUUACAGUGGAAAAUUGCAAGUUCAGCGACCUAAACUACGUGUCGACAUGAGUUAUCUCCUUGUGAUUCAUCGGCCGAAAAUUUAACAGUUAACCGUCCUGCAAAAUAUUGAAACUGAAGAGCUUCAAAGAUGUUACACGAAAACCUACUGCUCGUGACGAACACUGACUAUAAACAUGAAUACAAGUUAUUAUUCUGGCUAUAGUGUCCUGUCAACUACAGCAGAAAAAGGCCGCUGAGAGCUUAGAAACAGUAAACCGCUGGAAUAUUGGUUAGUACAGUGCAACGAUCGAUUAAUUGCUCCGUGUGGGCAAGCACGUAAUGACACGUGAGAGCGAGGGAGAGUGUGGGAAAAUUUCACAACGACUGAACUGGACUCCGUAUCGGUUAUCGAAGGAAUUGCAAAAGAAAUUGGACUGGGAUGUUUGAUCCAGGUGUUUGAACUAAUUUCAGUUGAUGCGGAUAUUGUACAGUUUUACUGUUGACGCUGGGAGUGUGUUUAAUUGUAAAUGUGCUGUAAUUAUAAUGCUUCUCAUAAUAUUAUUGUCGUAUAAAUAGAAGUAGAAAGCGAGUUAUGUACACUAGUUGAAAAUAGCGGAAAAUAGUGAUCAGUUAAUUCGUUCAUCAAUCAAUUCAUUCGUAUGACUCGUAAAUUUAUUGACGGUCUUAUUACCUGAUUGAAACAAUAAGAGAGAAAAUUUUUAACCCAAACGAAUAGAGACUUAAACUGAUUUUCUAAAUUUCUCAAUGAAGAUUAUUUAUUGAGUAUACAUUAUCGGGUUUUAAAAAUUAGUAAAUGUUGUACAUAGAGCAAUGAAAUAUCAAGAUUUAUAAUUAUUAUUCGAUAAAAAUACGAGCCUAAUUUCGUUGUAAAUUUCCAAGCGAUGAGAAUAAAAUAUGGUCCAUUUCGUUUCUUUAUUUUUCUUUAGUGAAGAAUUUAGAGAGUACGUGGAAACUUUCUUUUAUUUUCAACAAAUUUAACGUCAUCGUUCUAUAGGAUAAAUCAGCUUACUAUAAAAUUAAGAUACAUCGAUCAAGAGAACUUUGACACUUGGUUUUCUGCAUGUAAAGUAAUAGGCUAUUGUCAUGAAAACACUUGAGUAAACAAUAAUGUCCUAGCAUCACAAGGAACAAUAACAUCGUACAAAGAAUCACGUGCGACAUGCACAAUGAAGUAGGUAUUUCGUGCUUUCACUGUCACAUGGUUGUUGACGAUCCUACCACCGACCCACGCCUUUUUCUUUACUUUUCGCCUUGGCGCCAACUUUCGUGCGUAGCAUCGAAUGGAUUUAAAUACAUAUUCAAGUAUUAUCAUUGCUCCUUAGAUUUGUUUUGGCAAAAGCUACGUGCGUGCGAUCACUAAUGAUCCAUGCAUGCACGUUACUGUCUUAAAUCAGACGUUUGUGGUUAUUAGUUCUUUAAUUGACACAUGGCAAGCGGUUAGUGCUUUUCUUUAAUACUCGAACAUUUGCAAAUAGCACAUCCAAGAUCAUAACUUUAGUUGGCUACGUGAAAGAUGUGUGUAUUUUAUGUUUUUUGGAAACAAAAUGGAAAGAUUUUUCAACACAAUUGUAAUAUUAUCGAUCAUUGUAAAUAUGUUAUACAAAA